GUGCCCGGCUGCAGCCUCAGAAGGCAGCAGCAGGGGAAGCAGGCUGACUGGGCCUGAGGCUGGCAGAGGGCUCGCAGGCUGGCCUUUAGCGGAGCUCACCCUGAGUGGUGCUCUGAGGCCCUCACACGAGCGGGAAGCUCGCCAUGUCGCUGUGGCUCCAGCAGGCGCUGCUGGCUUUGCUCCUCCCCACAUUCCUGGCCCAGGGAGAAGCCAGGGAGAGGGGGACAGCCCAGGCUCACAACUUUAACGGGCCGGCUCUGCAGAGGCUGGCAGACCACCUCCUGGCUGACUACAGGAAGGGCGUACGGCCCGUGCGAGACUGGAGGAAACCCACUACCAUCUCCAUCGACGUCAUCGUCUAUGCCAUCCUCAGUGUGGAUGAGAAGAAUCAAGUACUGACCACCUACAUCUGGUACAGGCAGUUCUGGGCUGAUGAAUUUCUCCAGUGGAACCCUGAGGACUUUGACAACAUCACCAAGUUGUCCAUUCCCACAGACAGCAUCUGGGUCCCAGACAUUCUCAUAAAUGAAUUCGUGGAUGUGGAGAAGUCUCCAAGUAUUCCAUACGUGUAUGUUCAGCAUCAAGGUGAGGUGCAGAACUACAAGCCUCUGCAGGUGGUGACUGCCUGUAGCCUCGAUAUCUAUAACUUUCCCUUCGAUGUACAGAACUGCUCGCUGACCUUCACCAGCUGGCUGCACACCAUCCAGGACGUCAACAUCUCCCUGUGGCGCUUGCCGGAAAAAGUGAAGUCUGACAAGAGUGUCUUCAUGAAUCAGGGAGAGUGGGAGUUGCUGGGGGUCCUGACCAAGUUUCUGGAGUUCUGUGACAGGGAAAGCAGGGGCUGCUAUGCAGAAAUGAAGUUCUAUGUGGUUAUCCGCAGGCGGCCCCUAUUCUACGCAGUCAACUUGCUGCUGCCCAGUAUCUUCCUCAUGAUCAUGGACAUUGUGGGCUUCUACCUGCCCCCGGAUAGUGGCGAGAGGGUCUCCUUCAAGAUCACACUCCUCCUGGGCUACUCAGUCUUCUUGAUCAUUGUGUCUGACACGCUGCCAGCCACUGCCAUCGGCACUCCCCUCAUCAGUGUCUACUUCGUCGUGUGCAUGGCUCUCCUGGUGAUAAGUUUGGUGGAGACCAUCUUCAUCGUGCGGCUGGUACACAAGCAAGACCUGCAACAGCCUGUUCCUCUCUGGCUGCGGCACCUUGUUCUGGAGAGAAUCACCCAACUACUCUGCCUAGGGGAGCAGUUGACCUCCCAUAGGCCCCCAGCCACCUUGCAAGCCACCAAGACUGAUGACUGCUCAGCCAUGGGAAACCACUGCAGCCAUUUGGGAGCACCCCAAGACUUGGAGAAGACCACAAGGGGUAGAAGCAGUCCUCCCCCACCACCACGGGAGGCCUCCUUGGCUGUGCGCGGGCUGCUGCAGGAGCUGUCUUCUAUCCGGCACUUCCUAGAGAAGCGGGAUGAGAUCCGGGAGGUGGCCCGGGACUGGCUGCGUGUGGGCUCUGUGCUGGACAAGCUGCUGUUCCGCAUCUACCUGCUGGCAGUGCUGGCCUAUAGCAUCACCUUGGUAACACUCUGGUCUAUCUGGCAUUAUUCUUGAGUGGAUACAGCCCAGUCCAGUAGUGCAAGGAACAUGGAGCUGGUUAGGAGGGACCAAGCCAGGUCUGAACCUCCCCCCAAAGCACAGUGUUCAGUACCCUUACAUUCCACACACCCCCAAAGGCCCAUUAUGGCUUUGAAACAUGCUAUCUUAGAUCAUUCCCUAUCUCUGCUCUGUGUAUCUAUGCAUCAAGUCUGUUUUCCCAUUGGCACUUCUCUGGAAUUCUGCUCAUUUCCAACAACCUUGUUUUUAGAUAGAGACAAAACCAUCGCUGUAAUACUCAGACCUGAAAAUUUUGCACUUGGUUUAUCCAGAACCUAACAUCUUCACCUCACCUGUAGCCACUUCUUAACUUUCCUGCCCCACCAGCUGGGGCUGGGGUUAGAUAAU